UGAAGCUUUAUCAUAUUAUGAACAUGUUCUUGAUAUCUAUUUACAACAACAGAAAACACCUUUACAUUGGUUGGUGUCGGUUUCUGGAGAUAUCGCCAAGAUCUAUCUAAACUAUAAUCAUAACUAUGAUGCAGCACUUCGGUACCAACUAAUGAGUCACGAGUAUGAGUUGAAAUCUAACGUAAUACAUCGAACUGAUAAUACAGAUGAUAUUUGUGGUAAGAAAAAUUCAACAGCUAUGAGCUUGAAAAAGCUAUCUGAUAUUUAUAUCAAGUUGGGUCAGUACGAUUCAGCCUAUAAAAAUAUGAUGGCAGCUGUGAAGUUAUUUGAAGAAGUAUUACAAUCACCCGAUGUUCGUGAUACAUUGCAAGAAACCAUAGAUACAAAACUUACAUUGGCAAAUAUCUGUGUAAAAUUAUGUCAAUACGAUCUAGCAUGUGAACAUUUAAAAAGUGCUACGCAAAUUUGUCAAGGAAGACCUAGAUUUAACGAAGAGAAAUGUAAAAUUGCUGAUAUUAGUAUGAAGGUUUCACAGGGUUAUGCAGAAUUACAACAGUCUGAUCAAGCUUAUCAAUGUUUAGUGAGCGCAUUGAGCGUCUACCGAGAUAUAAAUACUGCACAGUAUGAGUCCAGAAAAAGAAUUACGAGAGCUGUAAAUGGUCGUAUACAACGUCAUCAACUAAAAUGCACAAUUGUUUAUGUUACGGAGUAA